AUGGGUACAUCAUCCGACCUCGAAUCCAAGGCCACGGAUCUUCCAGUCACUACAAGUGAUACGGCUCAUGGCACUCUGAUAGAGACUGAUGUCAGCGAUGACCUGCUGGACAAGUAUGGACAAACCAAACGUGGUCUGUCACCUCGCCACGUCCAGCUCAUGGCCAUCGGUGGCUCUAUCGGUACCGGUCUCUUCGUGGGUAUCGGCGGCGUCCUGUCCAAGGCCGGUCCUCUGUCUCUCUUCAUUGGAUACUUGAUCUGGGGCAUCUUUUUUAUCUGGCCGACCAAUCUGUGCGUCGCCGAAAUGUGUGCCUACCUCCCCGUUCGCGGCUCUAUCUUUGAGCUGGCUACUCGCUUUGUGGACCCAGCUCUGGGCUUUGCCAUGGGCUGGACCUACUUCUUUGCCGGCGCUAUGCUUGUUUGUGUUGAGUAUAGUGCCGUGGCGACGGUGAUGCAAUACUGGAAUACAAGCGUGAACCCCGCUGCAUGGGUCGCCAUGGCUAUGAUUGUCUGUAUCUUGCUCAAUGUUGUGGCUGUCAAAUGGUACGGCGAAUCCGAAUUUGUUAUGGCUUGUACCAAGGUCCUUCUUCUCAUCGGACUGGUUCUUCUCACCCUCGUCACUAUGUGCGGCGGCAACCCACGACACGACGCAUACGGCUUCCGCCAUUGGGGUGGUGGUAAUGCUAUGCAUAGCUACUACACUGACGGAGCCACUGGCCGUUUCUUGGGAAUCUGGAAAGUCAUCCUCUACGCAGGAUUCACCAUCGGUGGCCCAGACAUGAUCGCCCUGGCCAGCGGUGAAAUCCAGAACCCACGUAGGACGAUCCCUCGUGUUGCUAAACUCGUCUUCUAUCGACUUGUUGGCUUCUAUGUCAUCGGUGUUUUUGCUGUUGGCAUUAUCUGCAGCUCAACUGACGAGAAACUACUUGGUGCGCUUAACUCUGGAGCUGCUGGGUCAGCCGCCUCGCCGUGGGUGAUUGGAAUCCAGAACCUAGGCAUUUCAGGCCUUCCGGAUUUGAUCAACUUUCUCAUCUUACUAUCUGGCUGGUCGUGCGGCAAUGCCUACCUCUAUUCGACAUCUAGAACCCUAUAUGGACUUGCACAAGAUGGACAAGCGCCGAGGAUUCUUCUCAAGUGCACCAAAGCCGGUGCUCCGAUUUACUGCGUGCUCACCGUGAGCCUUAUCGCCUGCGUCACAUUCCUCGUCUCAUCGAAUUCUGCCGUUGAAGUCUUUUACUGGUUUGUGGACCUCACCACCACCGGUCUCAUUGCAACCUAUACCUGCAUGUUGGUCGUGUUUCUCGCAUGGUAUAAAGCUCGCAUUGCCCAGGGCUUACCGACCAGCUCGCUGUCCUACCUCGCUCCUUUCACGCCUUAUUGUGCUUACUUGGGAAUCUGUCUCGGAUGUAUUGCCAUUACUUUCAUCGGCUUCGAUUCAUUCCAUCCUUUUAGUGUCCAGGGUUUCAUCACGAGUUAUUUCUGCAUCCCCUAUAGCAUCAUCCUAUACCUAGGUUGGAAAUUUAUCAAGAAGACGAAAUUCGUGAGUGCGGAGGAUGCAGAUUUGGUUAGUGGGAAGAAGGAGGUAGAUGAGGAGUGCAUAAUCUGGGAAGAGGGUGGCAUUGAGGAGAACUAUCGAAAGAAGUUGGCAGAGAUGCCAUUUGCCAAGAGAUGCUGGGAAAGGAUGUGGUAG